GAUAUAGCUCAGUGGUUUUAGGGUAGGCGGCCGGAGUGUUGGUAGUAGGGGCAAUUUAAAUGCUUGGACCCGCCGCGGCCUUUUAAAAAUUCCUGGCGGUCAGUCAAAGACAUGGUGGUGCUGCAUAUGGUGAUCGGAUGGAAGGUCGACGAGUAGUGAGGUCACAGGGUAGUUUCAGCAUUCGAAUCCUAGUAUGAAGAGUCGUGGGCAAAUGGGUUUCUCACCUGCAAAACCCUUCGACAGCUUGAGAGAUGUCAGGUGUAAACAAAACGUAUCGGCACGUGGAAGGAUUAAGUAUAGGACGAGUAGGAAAUCCCCACUCAUCCUACGAACGAGGUUAUAAUAUAACAUCCCAGCAUUUAGCAAUUACCGGAUGACCGGCAUGACCGGUAAAGGCGGAAUAUCGUCAGAAAGAACUUCAACAUGAUUUCUUCUGAUUCAUUUCCAGCUAACAGCUCUGAAAUAGAAAUAUAUUCAUCCCCAUUGGAACCUAUUGAUCCGGACACGUUUAAGUCAUGUGGGUCCUUAGAACGAUUAAUCAUACACAAUAGUGACAUAACCAAGAUUCCACCAGUAACUGCCUGCACUGAACUGAUAGAGGCUGACUUUUCAAGAAAUCACCUUGUGUACACUCCAACAGAACCAUUUGCAGCUUUCCCUCCGAGUCUGAAAAAUCUAAACCUAAAUAGCAAUUCAUUGACCAUCUUACCGAGAAAGUUUUUCUGGGGAACAUCGAUUGAGCUUUUGAGUCUCAGUAACAACAGCUUUAGGUCUAUACCAGGCGAUGCACUGGAGAACAUGGUUGAACUGGUUUACAUUGGACUUGAUAUGAAUCAGAUCGAGGCGGUCUCUAAACGAAGUUGUAAAAUACUUGCCCAGAGUCAUGUGAGAUUCUUGAACCUGAGUAACAAUAGAAUCAGAAGCAUUGCUCAAAACUCGCUGUCACAACUAAAACAUCUACAGAUAUUGGAGAUCCAUCAUAAUGACCUCUUCAAGCUUGGACCACAAAUAUUUCAUCACAUAUCCAAUCUAAUACACUUGGAUUUGAACACCAAUAAACUGAGUGUUCUCCUACCAAGGACAUUUACUGAUCUACCAAAUCUUCUCACACUACGUCUUCAUUCACAAAAGGUUGGAUUCGAUCUGACGUCAAUUUCAUAUUCUGCUUUCUAUAAUGCUGGACAGAAGAUAAGAACCUUGUUCUUGAGUGAUAACGAGUUACGAGCUGUUCCACAUGGGAUAUUCAACUACGACAAUUUCAAAAACUUGGAAACCCUAUUUCUGGAGUGGAAUGAAAUAACCAAUGCAUCAGAAAUAUCGCGGAAUGAUUUCCCGGGACAGAGUGACGCCCUCUAUGGUACGCUUGUGAAAAAUUAUAAACCUUUCAACGGUCUUGGCAACCUCCAUACCCUGUCCCUUGCACACAAUUUGAUUGAUGGAAUCAGUAAUGACACAUUUUGCGAAGCUCCUAAUCUUGUACAUAUUGGUUUAAUUUAUAAUGAUCUGGACGACGAAUUGAUCGACAUUGACGCCUUCAGAUGCUUAUUUUUAACAACUCAUGUGAACUUAGCAUAUAACAAUAUUAAGUUGGUACCGGAGGCCUUUGUUGCAGGACACCUACAAAGCCUGGACAUAGUGCAAUUUGAAGGGAAUAAACUUGUGUAUCUGAAAAGGGGGGCAUUCACACCACUUGAUACUGUCAGGGAGUUUGAUCUCUCAAACAACGACAUCAUAACGGUUGAAAACAACGUGUUUCCACCAUCCACAGAGAAAAUCCUUUUGAAUGACAAUAGGUUUGAGUUCACGCAUGAGGGCGCUUUUCAGAAUCUGUCAUCGUUAAAAGAGAUACAUUUGAAGUACAUGAGAAUGAAGCACAUACCUGGUAGUGCGUUCUUUGGGGAUUUCAAGCUCGAUUCAAUCCAACUCUUUGGAGGUGAUAUAACGUAUUUACCAAAGGAUAUUUUCAGAGACACAGUCUUGGGCUACACCGACAUGGGCUAUAAUGAUCUCACCUACAUCGAACCAGGGACAUUUUCAAAACAUUAUUAUUGGACCAUCUAUGUGUACAACAAUCGAUUGAUAGAGCUCCCAUUUCCAGACCUGCAACAAACCAAGAUGGACUAUGCCCUCUUUAAAGGAAGCAGAAUCGGUAUUAUCAGGUCUUGGACUUUUCUGAACUAUGCUGGACAAAAUUUGGGUUUGAGCGGGAACCGUAUCAGCCGCAUUGAGAAGAAUGCCUUUCAUGGAGCCAAUGUCGGGCAUAUUGACCUUAAAAAUAACCCGAUAGUUCAAAUAGACUCCUUCGCCUUCUCCUCGGUCACAGCACGUAACUUAGACUUUGAAAGCGUUCAGGGAACUCAUAUUUCUUCGAAGGCAUUUAACAACAUUAAUGGACUGAAUAGAUGGUCCUGGGAAAAUGGGCGGCUCGAGUUACUUGAAGACCAAGCAUUCCAUGAUAUUUCUUUUGAUAGUCAAAUAGAAUAUGCCAUGGAUUUCAGUAAUUGUGAAAUAGUGGAAGUAGAAGGAAGGAUCAUUAGUGGUAACUCGAAGGUCAUGAAUUUCUCCUUGAAAGGUAAUAAACUGCAAGAGCAACCGUUGAUCAACUCACAGUCGCUAACGUUUCUUGACCUUUCCGAGAAUGCGAUCACAUCCUUUCGAAGCCCCAGAAUUUUCAAAACGCUUGUGAGCCUGGAAACUAUACACAUGUAUAAUAACAGAAUCGCCUACAUUCCAGCAGGCCUAUUCUCUGGUCUCCAGAAGUUACGGCAGAUUGACCUCCGGCAUAAUUUAAUCACCUAUAUUGGACCAGAUGCUUUUACACCAUUACCCUCUCUCUGGGAUGUGGGCAUGCUGAAUAAUUCUUUACAAUGUACGUGUGACACAUACUACAAUCUUGUCACUAUCGCCGAUUUCCUCCGCGGGUCUCGCUGCCGAGAACCUGAUGCAGCAAAAGGACUGGUCUUCGACGGGAAUAAAACAGAUCAUUCAAACUAUUAUGGUCUAGUCGACACAGACUCAUUUCUUUGCACUGCCAGGACUGUUUCCGCUUUUAAACCAGAGCCAACCAACGUGACGGUGAUCUGGGAAAUGCCGUCUGAAGCGUACCCAGGAGCAACCUCCCCUCCGGUAGAGGCAGAAAUACAAUGCACAAAUGAAGACAACGCACCGACCCUCACAGCAAACGUUAACGCCAUUGGAACAAACUCGCACACGUUCACGGAAAUGGACGGGGUGGUUGCCGAUAUCGAGUACAUCUGCAGUGUGGGCUCUGUGUGGGAAGGCAACUCCAGCUCUAGAGGCCUUCUUGUCACAGCUGUUGGAAACCGUAAGAAAGAAAGUGGGUGA